ACACAUUCAUCCAUUCAUCACCCAUCGUGUGCUUCAGCUACUACGCAUAGAUAUAAUUAAUUAAGCGCGGACGACGACGUACGUAACAGUAUGGCUGCUGCUGCUGCUACUGUCGUCACACCAUCCUCGCCUCGCUCCAUGGCUGUUGCCGCCGCCAUUAUUGCCUUCUUCUUCGCGGUGACCGCGGCGGCAGCGUCGCCGGUGCCCGCGAUCUACGUGCUCGGGGACUCCCUGGCGGACGUCGGGAACAACAACCACCUGGUGACGCUGCUCAAGGCCGACUUCCCGCACAACGGCAUCGACUACCCGGGCCAGAAGGCCACCGGCCGCUUCAGCAACGGCAAGAACUCCGUCGACUUCCUCGCCGAAAACCUGGGGCUGGCGACCUCGCCGCCGUACCUCGCCUUGUCGUCGAGCAGCAACCCCAACUACGCCAACGGUGUCAACUUCGCUUCCGGUGGCGCCGGAGUCUCCAACCUCACAAACAAGGACCAAUGUAUCAGCUUCGACAAGCAGAUCGACUACUUCGCGACGGUGUACGCGUCGCUGGUGCAGAGCCUGGGGCAGGCGCAGGCCACGGCUCACCUGGCCAAGUCCCUCUUCGCCAUCACCAUCGGCAGCAACGACAUCAUCCACUACGCCAAAUCCAACUCCGCCGCCAAUACCAAGCAGGCCAGUGCCAGUGGCGCCGCCGCCGACCCAUCGCAGCAGUUCGUGGACGCGCUGAUCCACAUGCUCACCGGGCAGCUGCAGCGCCUCUACGCCCUGGGCGCGCGCAAGGUGCUGUUCCUGGGCACGGGGCCCGUGGGGUGCUGCCCGUCGCUGCGGGAGCUCAGCCCCGCCAAGGACUGCAGCGCCGAGGCCAAUGGCAUCUCCGUGCGCUACAACGCCGCCGCGGCGUCCCUCCUCGGCGCCAUGGCCGCGCGCUACGCGGACAUGCACUACGCGCUCUUCGACUCCUCCGCCGCGCUGCUCCAGUACAUCGACCACCCUGCGGCGCACGGGUUCACCGAGGCCAAGGCCGCCUGCUGCGGGCUCGGGGACAUGAACGCCAAGAUCGGGUGCACCCCGCUAAGCUUCUACUGCGACAACAGGACCAGCCACGUCUUCUGGGACUUCUACCAUCCCACGGAGACCACCGCCCGGAUGCUCACCAGCACGGCGUUCGACGGCUCGGCGCCGCUCAUCUUCCCCAUGAACAUAAGGCAGCUCAGCGCCAUAUAGCUAGGCCACCAGAAUUAGAGUGGUGUCCUUCUACCUUGUAUAUGUUGUUGUGUAUCACAUAGUGGCCUUGGACGUAUGUACGUCGUCCUAGAAGAAAUCAAACGAUAUAGCAAACCUCAUAGAAACUUGCAUAUCUCCAAAGAAUGUAUGAAUUCUAGAUUCAUAUACAAAUUAACAAAUCUCAUAGAAGCUUGCAUUGGC